CUAGCAAUGGCUAAGAUGUUACAAGAGUCCUAUUCGAAUUAAUAUGCAAUUAAUAGCAUUUAUUGUAUCAGCCUCAUACUAGAAUAUUAGUUCUUGUAGCCUAUAAAUACUCUUGUAUAUCUCUCGUAAAGGGGGCUUCCCACAUGAAUAAUAGUGUUACUACUUUCUUUCCUACGAUCAAUGAAUAUUUGAUCGAACAAGCUCUUUUCGUUGGAAUUAUAUUCCAUCAUUGGUGCUUUCGUCGAGAGUUUGAUCAAAAUCAAGGGAUUAUCCUCCCAAAAUCACUCGAAAAAUCUCCCAAAACAUACAAAAUUCAUCCAAAACCAUUCAAAAAUUCUUCAAAAAUUAUAGCAAACGCUUUAUCGAAAAAAUCGGCAAAAUAGAUCCCAACCCAGGUUCCGCAGCCAAGCAAAGUUCAGACGCGGUCUAAAAUCUGGAGUUCAAUUUCUCGAAAUUCGUCCAAAUUUCUGCCAUUAAUGGCAUAAUAGAUCGGAGCGUAAUGCCAUCCAGAGAAAUCAAAUUCGGAGCUAUUGACUCUUUUUGCGUCGUCGUUGCGACGACCCCUACACGACCAAAUCAAUGGUCACCGCCGGUCACCGCCAGCAGCUCCGCUGUCGCAGCUCGACGUCGCCACCACAGGUCUGCGUUCCUUUGUCUCUUUCACCGACAACAAGGGCGACACGGAUUCCUCCCUGUCCACCUUUUAUGAUAGGAGCAGUAGCUAAAUGGGGCUGCUUCCGCCAUGACGAAGGGGUCUCUGGCAGCACCAUCUUCCGCGUCUCCAUUCCAAAGCAGGCUCCCUUCUUCCCAAAGAUUGACAAUUUCAUAUUGGGUGGAGAAAUUGAAGGCAGAGAGAUAGGUCUGGACGAAGUACUUGUCUCUCCUGGGAAAAUUUUAGCCUUCUCAUUUGGUGAACAUCACCGAAACAUGGGCCUUGC